GGCUUUCUCCACCCCUUUAGGGCGAGGAUUGGGCCCGGCGCGGCGGCAGCGCCAGCAGCAGCGGCCUAGCAGCAGCGCCAGCUGAGCUCUUUCCUGCUCUCCUACGCGGCGUGGACACGUGUGUGUAUGUGCGCGCACGCGGGUCCCCCGGAUGAUGCUGCUGCUUUGGCAAGAGUUAGCAGAGGCCUGCCAUGAAAGCUCUGCCCCGCCGAGCAAAGUCCCCUUGCUAGCAGUGCGGCCUCUGCCACCCACAAGUGAUGCACCAUGCCCAUAGUGGACAAGCUGAAAGAAGCCCUCAAGCCUGGGCGGAAGGACUCUGCUGACGAUGGCGAACUGGGCAAGCUGUUGGCUGCUUCUGCCAAGAAGGUUUUGCUGCAGAAGAUCGAGUUUGAACCAGCCUCCAAAAGCUUCUCCUACCAGCUGGAGACGCUGAAGAGCAAAUACGUUCUAUUGAACCCCAAGACAGAAAACCCCAGCCGACACAGGGGCUCUGAAGAGGGACCCAUCCGGAAGCAAGGCGGUGAGCACACCUUGGGAGGAGAUGGAGUUCCAGCCCCACAGAAGGUCCUCUUCCCUGUGGAGCGCCUCUCUCUGAAAUGGGAGCGGGUGUACCGUGUCGGAGCCGGUCUCCACAACCUGGGCAACACCUGCUUCCUCAACUCCACCUUGCAGUGUCUGACGUACACCCCACCUCUUGCCAAUUACCUGCUUUCCAAGGAGCACAGCCGCAGUUGCCACCAGGGAGGCUUCUGCAUGAUGUGUGUUAUGCAGAAUCACAUGAUACAGGCUUUCGCCAACAGUGGCAAUGCCAUCAAGCCGGUGUCCUUCAUCCGAGAUCUCAAAAAGAUUGCUCGUCACUUCCGCUUUGGCAGCCAAGAAGAUGCUCACGAGUUCCUGCGCUACACCAUUGAUGCCAUGCAGAAGGCCUGCCUCAAUGGUUACACCAAGCUGGACCGCCAGACCCAGGCUACCACAUUGGUGCACCAGAUCUUUGGCGGCUACCUCCGAUCUCGUGUGAAAUGCUCCGUGUGCAAGAGUGUUUCGGACACUUACGACCCCUUCCUGGAUGUGGCUUUGGAGAUCAGGCAGACUGCCAACAUCGUGCGGGCAUUAGAGUUGUUUGUAAAGGCUGACGUGCUAAGUGGAGAGAAUGCCUACAUGUGUGCCAAGUGCAAGAAGAAGGUGCCAGCCACCAAGCGCUUCACCAUUCACCGGGCAUCCAACGUCCUCACCAUCUCGCUCAAGCGCUUCGCCAACUUCAGCGGGGGCAAGAUCUCCAAGGAUGUCGGCUACCCUGAGUUCCUCAAUAUCCGCCCCUACAUGUCUCAGAGCAACGGUGACCCUGUCAUGUAUGGCCUCUAUGCUGUGCUGGUACAUUCAGGAUACAGCUGCCAUGCGGGGCACUAUUACUGCUACGUCAAGGCUAGUAAUGGGCAGUGGUACCAGAUGAACGACUCAAUGGUGCAUUCAAGCAACAUCAAAGUUGUCCUCAAUCAACAGGCAUAUGUGCUUUUCUAUCUUCGGAUCCCAAGUACCAGGAAGAAUUCUGAGGGGACCAUCUCCAAAAGCACAUGCCCUGCAUCCAACCGAGCAAGCAUAGUCUCCGACCACAUGAAGAAAAGCAUGACCAAUGGUGCCCUCGCGUCACCGCUGAUGAGCAAGAGGCAAGAUGUGACACAGGCCAGGAAGACAUUGGACCCUGAGGAACCUGGCGUCCCUGUUCCCCGCAGCUCCUUUGCUUCCAACUCCAAACCCCAGAACGGGACGCUUCCUCCUUCUCCUCAUCCGAAGCUCAUCCCUGCUGUUGGGUUCUCCUCUCCUAAGCUCCCUGCCAAGCUGUCUUUCCUAGACGACUUCAGCAAGAGGUCCAAGAAGCAGCCUCUCUUGCCACUCAAAACAUCUCAGGACUUCAGCGAGGCCACCAGUGUCAGGGUGGAGAUGGGCAAGCAGAGCUCCUGGGGAGACAAGGGGUUGGCAUUGUCUUCACAGCCGCCAGAGGCUCCCAGAGGAGACCCUGAGGCCAAAGUUCGUGAGGAAGGCCCAGAGGUGCCGAGCAAGGCCUCCUCGCCUUUGACUUCUUCCUCCUCGUCUUCUUCCUCCUCGUCCUCUUCGAGCAGCUCCUUUUCCUCCAGUCCAGCACAUCGCCCAGCCAAAGGACUCCCGCAGGCCACGAUGGGCGUCAACGGCUACUGCUCCUCUCAGGAAUCGGACUGUGCCUCUGGGAAAUCUGUUUCCGAGGACUCCAAGUUUGCCAAGCUGAAGUCGCCUUUGCUGGCUAAUGUGACCAAUCUGGAGCUGGGAAAUACCAUGUCCCCCCCACCUGCAAAAAAACUGGCCCUCUCUGCCAGGAAGGGCAGCAACACACUGCAGAAACUGAGCAGCAGUGAGCGCCUGGCGCCGCCCCACCCUCCACCAGCUGCUACAAAAACCACCCACCCCGUCUGUGCCGCUGCGCUCGACUAUCCCAGGACGCCCUCAUCUGCUUCCAAAUCUUCAGCGCCUCCACCGCCGGCCAGCAGCGCCUUUGUCCAACCCUUGCCCAGCUUCAAAUCAUGCUGCCUCUCUGCCGCCCCUCUGCCGCCACCUGCGGUGCCCAAAGAGGCACUGAGCCACUCUUGCCCAGACCGGGACAAGAGGCCUUUCCUUGCCAGCUCCAAGAAGAGGAAAAGGAAGCGUAGCCUCUCGGAGGAAGAACAAGGCACCCAUUGCAUCCCAAGCACACGAACCAUUGGUGCAGAGGGAACCUGCCUCUCCAACCCACCCAGGAAGAAGAGGCAACUCGAGGAAAACGGCAGGCCUGGAGACUCCUCUCCUGAACCGGAAUCUGACUGGGUGGCAGCCAGGAAGGGAGAGGAAGAGGGAAUAGCUGGAGGCUGCAAGGUAGCAGAUCCUAGUCUAGCUAAUUCCACCCAAAAGAGGAAAAAGAAGAAAAAGAAAAGGAAGCUGCAGCAAACAGAGGAAGACUGUAAGCCUUUGCUGUCCCCUGUGAACAGCUGCCCUCCACAGCGCAAGGCAGAAGCCUGCCUAAUAGCCCAUGAGCCGGUGGAGGAGUCCUGCAGCCUGAAGAAGAAGAAGAAAAAGAAGCAGAAGCAGCUUCCUUGCCCAGCUUCGGACAGCGGCAGCCCUGCUGGAGAGAGCGAGCACCGAAAGCACAAGAGGAGGGAGAAGCAGGGGGGCUCUGUGCCAGAGGCCAGCAGCCCCCAAGAAGAACAGAGAGAAAAUGGCCUUUCCUCUGCUAGAAUCAGCCCCCCAGUGGCCUUGACCUGGACUGGCAGCCAGUUUAGACAUGGGGACAAGUGCUCCUGGAACAUCCCAAGUCCAAAGAAGGAAGUGGUACAUCAGAAGCACGAACAGUUUGAUGUGGUCCAGGAGCUACUGAAGGAUUCUUCAGAUAAAGCUUAUGGAAAGCAAGUGUUGACAUGGGAUGGCGAGGUGUCGGCCAUCAGCCAAGCUGCCAUGCAGGAUGCUGUAUGGUCUCAGAGCCAGACAGUCAUUGACGAUUGGGAUGAAGAGUUUGACAGUGGGAAGGUGAAGAAAAUCAAGAAACUCAAGCGUGAGCGGAGAAGAAAUGGCAAUGCGUUCCAGAAACUGCAAAGCCGGCGUAAUUUCUGGGCCGUGACACAUCCCGCUAAAGUUGCUAGCCUGAGCUAUUGGCUUUGAGAUGAUGAGUUCUUGGCUGCAGCAGUGCUAUGGCAAACUCCGGUUCUUUGGAGCGCCCGGUGACCAACACAAUACUGUCAACAGUCGCAAGUUGCCAACUCAACGGGACUCACGGGGAAUGUCCUCCUCUUGCCUUGAAGGCUCUGAUGGAUCUUCUGUGCAGUGCCUGGGGAAAUGCAGGCACCCAUCGCCGCUUACUUGCAAGAGUGUCACGAGGAGCCUUUGCCCGGGGAAGGUCCUGUCCCUGGGUACCCGUGGGCAUCAGGCAUGGAUCAGCAGUGGAGCUAAGAGCAACUAGCCCUUUUGAAAUGAAAUCCCUCUGUUGCCUCCGCCCGUCAGCAUGAUGAGCUGUGAUGCCCUCUGUUCCCUUUCCUGCCAAGAGAAGAUUGAGAAAGCCGAGAGCUGUGUCCCAACUCCUCAAGAGCUGGAUGUUGUUGUGGUACAUUUGCCCCUUUCCCCACUCCCUGGCUGAGUCAUUAGGACAGGAUGCAACCGACAUGGCAUUUCUCCACCCAUCUGCAGCCCCUUCUCUGGUUUAUCCCAUUUCAGAGAAGUAUGAAAUGCUCCACUCUGGAACUAUUUUCCAAGACCAUUUCCCACAUGCUCUUCCUGCUGUACAAAACACUUGGGACUUGAGUUUUGUGCAGCCAGGAAAGCGGGUGGUCAGGUCAUCCUGCCCUGUACAGUUGUGUUCAAAUGCAUUCACUGCCAGGGCUCUCGAAAGGUGCUGCUUUGCAAUGACAACUUCUCGGUAGCAUUCUCCAGCCAUAGUUAAGUCACGGUUCAUUUGAGAUUUGCCUGUUGCUGGAGUGUGUUGCUUCAAGCUGCAGGCAGGGGAAGAAAUGUUUGAAUUCUCCACACAACAAUAAUAAUUAAAAAAAAUCCAUGCACACAUUAACUAGGAGUUCUUUUCCACAAAGGAGUGUUCAGACAUUCACACCCCCACUUGCAGUCUUGAAUCUUCCUUGCUUUGGGUCUUUCUUCCAUGCCUCCUCUUAAGCGUUGUCCUCAUUAACUUCCGGCAGGCAUCAUUGCACAGCUUGUGUGGCAGAAGUUAAUGACUCCAAGAGGACCUGAGUCUCUCGCAGCAUAUUUCCAACUUGGGAGUUUGCGUUGGAGAGAGGUUGCCCGAAACAUCACUUGCUUUGGCACCAAGGCAGAGUGGGCUGCUGCCUGCCAAAAUGAGAGAGACCCAAGUGUCCCUGUGCCAAACCUUUUUCAGUGGGUAGUUGUCAAGCCAAGUGGUGCAAGGGCUCCUGUUCCUGCAGGGCUGGCCUAGGGUUUCCUUUAUUCCCUUGCAUCUGCUGCUGUCCAGCUGUUAACCUCGGUGGCUUACUCCCAGGUAGGCAGCCUUUACCUGUAACUUCCCCACAAGUGCAUGAUUGGUUGGAGGGGCAAUCCGUGUGCAUCCCACCCAUUCCCAGCAUUGCUCGUUCAACUUUGGCACCCAUUUCCUCUCUUCAUAGAUUGGGUGCAAAGGUUGAAAACUAGCUUUAUUUUCUCCACCGUAUCAAAGCAGUUACCAAAACGGUUUUGGCCAUUGCAUUUAAUUUGAGCUGAUGAUUUAUUAUGAUUAUUACAAUUCUUUUUUUUUUCUUGGGAAGGGGGGGCACUGACCCUGUUCACUCUCUCAGCGGGGAGCAGUCUCUUCCCCUCUGGCAGUGCCCGUUUAACAAUCUCCUGCCAACAUGUAGAUACCCCAAGCGGGUAUUAUGCACCUCAUGCUGGGGCUUGCUGCAGUAGCCCUAGUUGUAGCAAUGGUUCAUGGUGCAAUAAAGGAAUGUUUUGUGUA